AUGAAGUUGACUGGCACAGACUUACCACCUGCUCUCGUGACUGCUGUGCGAUCAGGAUUUGAUGCGUUUGUUCAGUUGCAGCGUGUGCGCUUUGGCAAUUCUACCGGUGAGUCCGUUCAGCCCGCGGUGGAGGGCGCCGUCGCUCGCUGGGGAGCCACCGCCGUGGUUGGUGUUGCCAACGCUCCUGCUAAUCAUACGAACAACAUGAAUAAUAAUUCUAAUAUUAAUAAUACUAAAAACAAUACUAAUAAUAAUGCUUUCACAAUGUUCCCAUCAACCUUGUGUGAGUGGUCUGAUCUAGUUCUCUCUCGUCUGAAGGCGAUGAAGGAAAGUGUAGUGUUGGAUCCAACAGCCGAGGUGGUGUGGGAACUCGUCUCAACAGUGAUUGCCAUAUUAGAAACAGGCGGUGCGGAAGGUGUAAAUGCGAGUGCACCGUAUUUGGAGUGGUAUAGGAGUCGAUUUGUGAAUGUGGAUUCUAUUUAUCAGGUGCGAGAUACACUGAGUGCUGUGUAUUCAAAGGACUCCCUCACCCAAGCAGAGGAAACAGAUCUCUUUGAGGGAGUUGUGGGUCCUUACAUGAUAUCGAUUCAACGCGCAUUCCUUGCAGGAUUAUUUCCUGUGGCUGCAGAACUUAUUAGUUCUCUUGUAGACUAUUUACGUUCAUGUGCUGUGGUUCCGUUUGAUGCUGAAGAAGAAGGUAUUCUAACAGAUGUGAUACGAUUAUUGUUGGAACCUCCAACUAACAGCGUGGAACAUAGAGAGUGGAUGAGUACAGCUAAUGGACUUAUCAUAGACGCUAAACGCAUCCUAACAGAAUCACGUGAUGACUCUAAUAUGAUCAUGCAAGUAGCACGACAGUUAAAAUCAUUAUGUUUAGAUCUCCUUCUUAUGAUGAGUGGUGAUGCGGCGUUAAUUUUGGAUGUGUGUCAUCUUUUAGAAUUGGAUGUGAUGGAUUAUAUCGCUGCGAUAUGUGCCGUGUGUGAACCAUACAUGAACCUUCAUCAGUUACAUCAUCUUUACAAGAGUGCAUUAGACUCAUGGAAAGGUACUGUCUGUGGUCCUUGGUAUGUUGGGGUUAUUGAAAGUCUGCUGGGAAGUCGCUCUGUGGUGGAUAUUGUGACGGCCAUGCAUCUUGUUGGACAGGCCGUACGGUGUAAUGCAUACAUGUCAGGAUGGAAGAAUCAUGAUGAUAAUGAUGAUAACAACAAUAACAAUGUUGUUUCCUCCCCAACAAAUCCACACAUUGUUGGGGAUUUGAAUGAUACAUACAACACCUAUGAUGAUAAUACCUCUAACGAUACCAAUGAGGGAAAUCUCAAUGAUAGCAGCAACAGCAGCUAUAAUAGUAGAAGCGGUUCUAGUAGUAGCAGCAAUAGCAGCAGCAGCAGCAGUGAUAAUAAUAAUAAUAAUAAUAUGAACGGUAAGAGUACGAGUGUAUGCAGUUCCACAGAAGAGACGGAGGGACAUUCAACAUUAUACCGCCGCUUCGCUUUACUAUUCAUGGCUGCACACGUAGCGGAUAUUUGUGCACCGCCAUUAGGGGCUGCGGUAACACACAUGUCCAUCACAUUUCAUCGUAAUGAAUUAGUGGAGGACUUUGUGGCACUCUUUAGUAGACAUCCACUACUUUGGCGUACGGCAGCGAUGUAUGUGAUGUACUCACCUUUUAUGAAUCCCGCUAUUCUCUCUCAUAUUGUGAGAAGACGGGCGGCAACGGCGGUUAAGGAUAGAUACACUUGUUUAGCCCUUCACACUUUUAUUCACUCCACAUGGGAUGAAAACAGUCCUUUUCAACUUGCACUGCGGCAAAUACUGCGUGAUAAGUAUCCACUAAGCCAAACAGUGGAUAAGUGGAUUACCGCUGUUGACUUUUACCGUCGAAAGACUGUGGAGGCUCUAAAUGCGGAUAUCAUUAAGGAACGAUUAUUGUGUGCGAAUACAGCCCCUGCCAUGUGGUUGGCGCUGGAGUGUCAACAGUCCAAAUCUCUGCAAUUACACUUUGAAAAGAUACUGCGAUCUCCAUUGGCAUUGCAGAGUGAGGAGGUUUAUCGCGUGGGACAGGCCGUGAAUAACUCAUUCAUCUCCGUUGAUGCCAGUGCCAAUCUGCGCAUGUUGCAUGUACUGCGACUCUGUGCGGCAUUAUGUGAAUACCGACGAUCAUUAGAGCUUCUCCAGCAGUAUGAUGAGAACAACAAGAACAAGAAUAACAAUAACAAUAACAACAAUAAUGUGGAGGUUUCAGAUAUUCAACUCCUUCAGGUCACACUGCGGGCCGCAGAGAAGGCAUUAUUGUAUGUGGUAGACUUCCGCAUGCAUCCCGUUGCCGUGUUAACAUUAGUGGAGCAGACCGCUGCAGUGGCCCACCGUCUCUCACAUUCACAACGUCCAUACACACUUCUACCGCUGCUCAUUCACGCACUGGAGUUGGCAAUGACUAGUAACCCAACAGAACAGUCGGAACAGAGAGUACGAGCCGCAGGUAUUCGUGAGAAGAUCAUGAAAUUACUGUAA